AUGGCUUCUCCGCGCGUGUACUUCCCCGCCUCGUCUCCGCGCAGCUUCGCGCCAACCACGCCCACUAGCCAGCUUCUAGGGGAUUCCUCCAUAGCCCAAGGAUCAGGAGGUGGCAGUUCGGUAGGGUUAGAGGAGCUUCAAGAUGCGUACUUGUCAGAGCUGCUCUCCUACAGCCUGGAUCGGCUGAACAAGGAGCCAGAGCUUCUGCGCGCCGAUGCGGAGAGGGUGCAGCGGCAGAUGCAGGAGGUGGCGGUGGCGCAUUACCGCGCGUUCAUCACCGCUGCUGACGCCAUCCGGUCCAUCCACCGCGAGAUUAACUCCGUCGACCAACACCUCGGGUCUCUGGUAUCGGAGAUCCCUAAGCUCACCACGGGGUGCAACGAGUUUCUAGAGGAGGCUCAGGGGGUGAUGGAGAAGAGGCGGCUGAACAAGACAAUGCUUGCCACCCACCCCACGCUCAUGGACCUUUUAGAGAUCCCACAGCUCAUGGACACCUGUGUGCGCAACGGCAACUACGACGAGGCGUUGGACCUGGAGGCGUUUGUGGCGAAGCUCACCACCAUGCAUGCCAGGCUGCCUGUGAUUCAGCAGCUAGCAGUGGAAGUGCGGCACACCACCCAGGCCAUGCUUUCACAGCUGCUGCUCCGGCUGCGAUCCAACAUCCAGCUGCCAGAGUGCCUGCGUGUGAUUGGCUAUCUCCGGCGACUGGCGGUGUUCUCAGAAACAGAAAUGCGGCUUCAGUUCCUGAGGUGCAGGGAGGCGUGGCUGGGGGAGGUGGUAUCUGAGCUGGACCCGGCCUCCCCCUACGACUAUCUGAAGCGCCUCACCGACUGCCACCGCGUGCACCUCUUUGACGUCGCCACACAGUACCACGCCAUCUUCGCCCACCACUCCUCCACCUCGCCAGAUUCAUCGAACCUGGACGAGGAUUCGGCCGCGCUCGCAGCUCUGCUAGGGGACGGGGGAGUGGGGGGAGGAGCCGGGGGAGGGGUGGGGGGAGUGUUGGGGAAGUAUGGGAAGGGCAGGGCGGGAGGCGGGGCGGUUUUGAACGGGUGGGGGGGUGGGGGAUCGGGGGGGGAUGGGGGGUUGGUGUAUGGAUGGGCUAUGCACCGGGUGGCUGUGUAUUUGGCAGUGCUGGCGCAGCAUCUGCCGAGAAUCGAGGAUGGCGGGUCGCUGGCUAGCGUCCUUGAGCACUGCAUGUACUGCGGCAUGAGUCUUGGACGAGUGGGUUUGGACCUCCGAGGCCUCCUGCCUCCGCUCUUUGAAUCGUGUGUGCUGCGAAUGUUCCAGCGCAACAUCUCCUUUGCAGUUGAUUCCUUCCAUCAUGUGUUGGAGACACACAGAUGGGUGCCUCUCCCAUCCAUGGGCUCUGCUGCUCGCAUGGGCCUGGGAGGUGAAUCCCUUGAUGACGUGGCGCCACCCUAUUCGCUCAUGGAGCACCCACCACUGGCCGCGUUCGUGAAUGGCAUACUGGCGGCACUGAACGAGCUGAGGCACUGUGCGCCAACAGCCCCGAAGCAGCAGCUGGCAAGGGAGGUGGAGAGGGCGCUGGCAGUGGUGGCGGGGUCGCUGGGUCGCUACAGCCAUACACACAUAGUCAAGGACUCCGAGGCAGCUCUCUUUAUCAGCACGUGCAGGGCGUUUGUGGAGGUGGUGUGCCCUUAUGUGGCUGUGUGCGUCUCCCGCUGCUACGGCUCCCCUGCCACUCUCGUAUCCACACAAGCAGCCUGCGAGCCCGUGAAGCAACUCAUUCUCGCCUCCAUGCCCCCUGCUGCCGCUGCCGAUGCUGAUGCCGAUGCUGCUGGGGUGGAUGAGGGGCAGGAGGGGGAGGAGGCGGCAGAGGGAAGGAGAGGAGAUGGGGAGGCUGGGGAAGGAGAGGGGGGUCAAGGGGAGGAGCAGGUGGGUGAGGCUAUUCUGCCGGAGGCCGAGGAGGUGCCCCACUUGCGCGAGUUGGACUUUUGCGUGAACGCGGAUUUCGUGCACAUAGAGAACAAGUACGGCACGUUCAUCUGCGAGCCGCACCUCUCCUUCCCCAACCAAGUCUUCCCCUCCAACCCCUCAGACGCCCCUCCAGGGGGCUACAGGCAGAAUGGAGGGGAGGAGGAACCCGAGGACCCUUAUGUCGGGGAUAGGUCAAUGGACGAGCACUACGGGGGGUCGACCAUAAUGGCGUACGAUCCGCUCUUCAACUGGGACUCGGAGCGUGCUGCUGUCAUCGGCCACCGCCUGCCCAUCCGCCCCAUCACCUCCUCCUCCGUAGGUACACGUUUCUCAGUGCGCAUCCUGGGCCUGACGGUGCAAGCAGGGCUGGUGGAGCCAGUGAGCGGCACCAUGUGUCUGUACCACGCAGAGCGCCGUGAGAAGGCCUCAGAGGACUUCCACUUCCAGUUCCUGCCAGCGCAGUGGGAGGGCGAGAGCACGUCCCCUGACAGCCGAGCCAUCUUCUCGGUGGAUAAGGAGUCGGCGGCGCUGUGCCUGCUGGUGCAGCUCGACAAGGCUGCCAGCGAGGAGAGCGUCAACGGGAUCAAGCCCGCUGUGUAUACUCGCAAGGACCCCCCCACACUCACGGACAAGGAGGCAGCGCGCCUGUCAGAGUGGGCGCAGGUGAUGCCCUUCCGAGAGCCCCUCGCGUGGAUCACCAUUCCCCUCUUCGACUCCUCCGUCACUGGCGGAGUGGGGGGCUUCGGGGCGUCUGGAGGGGGCAGCUCAGGGGGAGGCUCGUCAGGGAGCCUCGGGGGAGGGGGGGGUGUGCUGGGGGUGGAAGGGGGCGGGAUGGGGGGAGGGGCGGGGUCGAGUCCGGUGGUGGAUAGCAACGGGGUGCGCGUGCCGGCAUAUGAGCUGGGGGGCCCGCCUGUGCAGAUUGACAUUCCCACGUUGAAUCGCGCCAAGGAGUGCUACACUGACGACCAACUGCUGGACCCCAAGAAGAAGGCGCAGAAGCCAGUGCGCGUCUCCAUGCACUUCGAGGUAGAGCGACUACCCGGGGGGGCGGCAGCGGGGGCGGCAGCGGGCGGCAGUGUGACGCCGCGAUCCCUCAGCAGCAGCGCGUCUCAGAGGGGGGUGAACCAGGCGCGGUCGCAGGACUCCAUGACCUCAGACAUGGAUGACGUCAACAUGGUGCCCAGAAGUCUUUCGGUCUCAAGGUUCCUGACUGGGUUCCAGGCGAUAGACUUCACGGACAUGGUGAGGGCGGAGCCGUUCACGCGCCUCGUGCAUCUGCUCUUCGUGUACCCGCAGCAAGUCGCACUCCCCAAGAAGCUCAACCUCUUUGUGCGCACCGAGCUGCGGGCUGACGAUCUCGACAUCCAACGGCCGUCAGUGGAGGCCAUCUUCCCCAAGGAGCGGAACGGCCCCAUGCUGCGAACAGCCUCCACCCAGGUGGUGCAGGGAGCACGGCCCGCUCUCUUCCACGACGAGGUCAAGAUGCAGCUGCCAGCCUCUGUGUCGCCCGCACACCAUCUGCUCUUCACCUUCUUCCACAUCGACCUCUCCCUGCGCUCCGAACGGCCCAAGCCGGUGGCAGUAGGUUAUGCAGUCAUGCCUCUUGCUGCUGCUCUACAAGCGUUCAAGGCGGAGGUGAAUCUGCCCAUAUCCAAGGACCUGCAGCCGCGCUACCUGCAGGAGAGCACCAAGUCGCGGUUGACCUACUGGGAGGAGGGCCGCCCCAUCUUCCGCGUGCGCACGCGCCUGUUCUCCUCGCUCCUCCCACUCUCCGACCGCCUGCGUGACUUCUUCCACCAGUUCGACCGCCACAUGCUGGAGGCGCCUCUGCCCCGAGAGGACCUCUUGGAGGCAAUCAACGCGCUCAAGACGGUGGAUGUGGUGGUGCUCAUGCAGUUCCUCUACCCGCUGCUCAACAUGCUGCUCUGCAUGAUCGGGAAUGGGGUGGAAACGCUGCAGGUGGCUGCCUUUCGAGCCAUGGUCAACAUUGUUUCCAGAGUGCAGCUGGAGCUAGCACCGCAGGCAGGUGCAGCCCCCAUGGAGCGGAGUCGCUUCCUCGUGCACUUUGUCGACUUCAUAUUUGACGAUCUCGGUCGCAACCAGCCGCCCGUGUACCCCGGGCUCAGCAACGUGUGGCGCAGCCUUGCGCGCAGCAAGUCGCGAGGGUUCCGAGUGGGGCCCGUGUAUGCGGAGGCGCUGCAGAUGGCGUGGUUUGUGCUGGAGCUCAUUGUCAAGUCCAUGGACCUGGAGCUGGCUCAGGUGCCGCAAGGGGAUGAGAUCGCGCGUCUAAGGCUAGAGGACGAGGUGUUUCUGUGCAUCCGGCAGCUCUUUGAGUGCCUGCUGGCCGAGGUGCACGAGAAGGCGGUGUCAGACCCGCCCCUGGCCAAGAGCCUCAGCUCCUCCAUCUCCUUCUUCUGCUACGACCUCAUCUCCGUUGUGGAUCCACCGCAAGUGUUUGAACUGGUCGGUCUGUUCCUCUCGCAGUUCGUGGGCGUGUGUCCGCCCAUGCAGCACAUGUUCAAGCUGCACUUCCUCCGCAUUGUCUGCGACCAUGACCUCUACAUCGAGACGCCUGGCCGAGGCCCUACAGAGAAGAACUACCUGACCACAGUGCUUCUCAAGGACCUCUUUGUGAGCCUCGACCACGAGGACCCCAGUCAGCGAUCGCUGGCUGCGCGCAUGCUGGCCUUCCAGGUGGCGAAGCACGAGUACGAUGCGCGGUACCAGCAGCCGGAGCUGAAGCUGUACAUCGCGCAGCUCUACAUGCCCAUCGUCAACAUGAUCCUGGACGAGGUCGAAACCUUCCACACUCUAGGGGUCAUUCAGAGGAGGCAGAUCCUCGUGGUCAUGCUCACAGUGGUGCGGAACUUAGAUAAUGAGACGCUGCUCAAGGCGUGGAAGCAGAGCGACGUGCGCACUCGCCUCUUCUUCACGCUCCUGCAGCAAGCCCUCGUGCUCUUCCAGCACCCGCCACAGCUGACAGCUGGCAGCAAGCCCCGCCCCACCGCCACCAAAUCCAGCCCAGCCACGUCAGCACCCGCCGACGCCACGCUGGCAGUGGAGCCGCCACCAAUCCCGAUGUACUCGGACCGAGUCUCCCUGGCAACCAAUGAUCAGCUGGACGAGAUGGCCCGGGCAGAUCCCAAGGCCUUGCUGGAGAGGGAGCAGAUAAUCCGAAAGGUCACGGGCAGCGCCGUGUCGGGCGGCAAAGGGUCGGCGGUGUCGUUAAGGGAUGUGCUCGCCCGAUCGAGAAUACCGCCCAAAGAUGCCAUGGCUCUGAUGAGACAAAACCUGCCGCCCAGCGCUUCUGGGAAGCUGCUAACAUGGGAAGCCAGCGUGGCGGCAUGGUGUGCAGUGCAGGUGCUGGAGGUGGUGGAGAAGUUCAGCGACAUGGCUGCUGAUGGGCUCGUGGCCACCGACUAUCAAACCAUGGACUGCCUCACUGGCCCUCUCUCCGUCAUGCUCGCUCUGCCCCAGCCAAUGAGCUUCUGGGAGCCCUUGGUGCCAGCCUUUGCUGAGAUGCUGCGCCUGCACGGAAAGGCCAUGCUGGACGGCCCGCCCUCUGCUGCCGCGGCUGACACUGCUGACAGUGCCGGGGCAGCAGCUAAGGGGGGCGACGUGUUGCUCAAGGGCCUCUUUGGCAGCCUGCUGAAGCAGAUGGCCCUCCGCCCCGAGUUCAUCAGGAAGAGAGCUCUGCUCUGCCUGCUGCUUCUCCUGCGCAACGCUCUGCUGCACAUGAAGGACGUGGAGCGCCUCAGAGUCAUCCUCACAGUCGCUCUCUCAGAAGUCCUCUCCCACAUGCGCCUGCUGCACGCGCCCUCGCCCUCCCCCGCCCCCGCCUCUCGCUCCUCCAGCGCCUCUAGCAUCGCUUCUGCUGCUGGCGGUGCGGGUGGGGGCGCUGGGGAACUGGUAGAGUCCGCAGAGGUUGAGAAACUGAGGCUUUCGCUGGAAGAGCUUGGGACAGAGGAUAAGUGGUUUCAGCUGCUGGAUGAGUGCGGGUUACCGUCGAUCUGCCUGGAGAUUGUGGUGGAGGAGGAUGAGGAGAAGGAGGAGGAGGAGGAUGAGGAGGACGAGGAGGAGGAGUAUGAGGAGUGGGAUGAAGGGGGGAGUGUGAUGGUGGGGAGGAGGAGGAAGAGGGAGAGGGACAGGUGGACGUGGUCGAAUGUGGAGGAGACUCAGGACAUGCUGCUCACAGUGGUGGAUGCGGCAUCACAGCACGAACAGCUGAUGGAGGGGCUGAAAACAUCCAACGACAAGUAUGCAAUUGUGGAGAGUUACUACAUCCUUGCACAGGCGUACGGGCACGUGCCCGAUCUGUACAUCAUGUGGAUGCUGCACCUGUGUGACGCGCACCAGGAGAUGAACCAGUGGGCUGAGGCCGCUCAGUGCGCCGUUUCUGUAGCUGGCAUUGUCAUUCGGGGGUUGCAAAUCGCGUCGGAGGAACCAGUGUGGGACGAGGAGCACCUCGAAGUCCUCUGGAGCAUCUGCCCCUUGGCCCGUCACCAGUGGCGCGCGCGGGCCUUCUCCUCCCAGUCAGGGUUCGGGGCGGCGUGGGUGACGGUGGAGGGGGCGGUGCAGCACGUGCAGCGGGCGAGCAACCUGUUCUACAAGGCGGAGCUCUUCCACUUCUGCGCUCUCAUGCUCUCCCUGCUGCUGCCGCUCCACCGCACCCGCCACGACUACAAGCAGCUGACCAAGACGCACAACAAGAUCGCGUCCAUCUAUGAGAACGUGGAGCAGCAGGAGACGAGCCCCAUCCCCUUCAAGGACGCCUGCUACUAUCGAGUCGGCUUCUAUGGGGAACGCUUCCGAUACAUCGAUGGCAGGGAAUUCAUCUAUCGAGAGCCUCGAGACGUGCGGCUGGGAGACAUAAUGGAGAAGCUCAAAGCACUCUAUGACGCCCGCUCGCCCGACGAGGAGCCCCUGCAGAUCAUCCAGGACUCACGCCAAGUGGACCCUGCCGCCCUCAAGCCGAACCUAGUCUACAUGCAGAUCACCGCCGUCGAACCUGUGGUAGGUGCGGGGGAGGGUCGGUGGCUCGGCAGACCUCUCGAGCCGCCGAUUGCCGGGACUCCCACGUUCAGUUGUUUCUUUUUUGACACGCCGUUUACGCCGAAUGGGAAGCAGCAGGGGCGGAUGGAGGAUCAGUGGAAGAGACGAACGCUGCUGUACACGCAGAGCACGCUCCCGAGCCUGAUUAGCCGGCAGCCGGUGGUUCGGUCGGAGGUUCGGGAGUACUCCCCGAUCCAGUGCGCUGUGGAGAUUAUUGAGUCUCGGUCGUUUGCACUAGAGGCCGAAAUGGCCAGCCAGUUGGGGGAUUCUGGGGCGGCAGGGGCGGCGGGAGGGCCGGCUGGAAAGAAGGAUCCGGCAGCGGUUGUAGCUGCAGCAAUGGCAGCAGGUUCUGGGCCGCUACAGCUGCCGCGGUUACAAACGCUGCAGCGGUUACUGCAGGGGAGUGUGGCGCUGCAGGUUAACAGUGGUGUGCUGGGGGUGUGUAUGGCGUUUUACCAGGCGAAUCCCCAAGGGGCUAAUCCGAGGGCCAAGGAUCCGGAGAAAUUACAGCCGUCGGAAUUGGAGAUGUUGACGUCUGCGAUCGUGCGGUUUGUGGUGGUGUGUAAGCGAGCGGUAGUGGUGCAUGGGAGGGCGGUGACGGAAGAGGAUAGGGAUUUCCAGGAGCAGCUGGAGCAGAGCUUAGAAGACCUGGAGAAGGAGAUUUCAGCUUUCAUUCCAGGGCUAAGGAAACGAGCAUCGGCUUACUAA